GCAAACAAGCGCACUUCAAGGUGGAUCUGUUGCUGGGAUCGCUCCUGGAGUACAUGUGUGAGCACUUGGCUGCGGGUCAACUGGGAAUGGCACGGCAGUUGAGCCAUUUUAUAGGAGGUAGGUAUAGGUUUAAGAAUAGGCUUCGUCAUAUCAGGAGGGAAAGAGCUACGGGGGGAUAA